AUGGGGAUUGAAACUUCAAAAUAUGGCUCCGGUCAUUCAAAAGAAAUCACAUCAACAGCAUCUGCAAGUGCUGCAUCAUCACCUAUCGAUAGUUUCUAUCCGUAUGAAACUUUCACACUCGUCUGGUUGGAUCGAGAUGCUGAUUCAAACCCAAAUAAAAAGAUCCGAGCUGAUUUACGUGAUCGUUUUUCAUUCUGUCUGACUUUUACUGACAACACACUGUUUGAACAAUGGUUAAAAGCUCAAUCAGAACGUACGAAAAUCUUUCUUGUUGUAUCUGGUCAAUACGGUGAAACAGUGAUCCCCAAAAUUUGUAAUCUACCAUCGAUUAUUACUAUUUAUGUCUUCUGCAAACAUAUCGAAAAACAUGAAGGGUGGUCCAAACCUCUUCCGAAAGUUCGCGCGGUCGUGUCGAGAAAAGCCGAACUUCUGCAAUCGAUUCGUAAGGAUGAAGAACUUUAUAAUAAUCUUGAAGACUUCCGAACAACUCAAAUAGUUAAAGAUCACACUCAAGACAACGCACCAUACCUUGCAUUUGAACUUCUUCUAGAAAUUCUCACAUCACCAGUAUAUCUCGAGCCAGCAAGAUUUCCUGCGGAAUUUUUCAAAAAACUUCGCCAAGAUUAUUCGGAGGAUAAAGACGCUUCCAUACUUUUAACUGAAUUUGAAGAAAAGUAUGAGGAAAAGUACGCGAUGGAAUUAUUGACGGCAAAUACACCAUUUAGUCGCUUUAUCAGCAAAGCGUUACGUGAACAAGACAUUUCCUUACUUUUCGAUCUUCGCUAUUUCCUCGAGCAUUUAUCGGAUCAAAUCAAAGAUAAUCGGGAACGAUUGGGAUGUGGUUAUCGAAUACAAUACAUGAUGCCACAAACAAUUGAAAAUCUUCAAGCAAAUAUCGGCAAACAUUUAGUCUAUAACGGAUUUUUACGUGUUUCUGCUGACCGACCUGACCUGAUCGAAUAUAAUGAUCAUAAAAUGGACAUUCAAACAGUUUUAAUUGACGUUACUGUGGAUAGUGUCGCUGAUUUUGCGUCUAUUGCGUGUUUAAACAAAUUUUCUGGUUUGAACAAUAACUCAGACAUUAUCUUCACAUGUGGUGCCAUAUUUAAAAUCGUCGUGGUCAAAAAUAUUGAACGAACAACGUGGAUUCUCAAUUUAGAAUUGGCCAGUGAAAUCGAUUUAAAAGCAUUACAUAAAAAAAAGAGCGAAUUAAGUCGAAACAAGGAUCUACUUAUCAUUAAUAAUCUUCUCGGACAAUCAGAUCAGUCAACAAUAUUUUGUCAAAAACUUCAACAAAAUCUUCCGGGAAAUCAUCCUUUAUUAUCCAAAGUAAAACAAAUUGCUUGUAAGUCUGACACCAUUCCAACUUCCCCCAAACCGCAAUCAAUUGUAUUGAAAAAUACGCAAUUUAUCCUCUUGGGUUUAUCGAAAAACAUGACUCCAAUUGCUACUGCCAUGUUCAAAGCGUUACAUUCAUUAAUGAACGAGACUGUCGUAUCAUAUGACAAUCCUUCAGAGAUUCCUCAUAGUACAAUGAAUGACAAAAUAUGGAUGGUAUUUACGACUAAUCAAAUGAAUCUUUCGACAGUGAAAAAAGCGAGUCCUUCGGCGAAAUUUUUCGUUUUGGAAACAGAUGAGGCGAAAGUGAAUAAUUAUGAGCGAUUCGGUUCGGACGAAGAUUUGAUGUUUCAAAUGAGUGACGAACUUUACCGUUGUUUUCACUUGGAAGCAGAUGAAGAUUGGAGAGAAGGUGAGGAACAACUGUCAAAACAAAAACAAGCAAUCGCAAAAAAGAUUCAUGAAAAAUUAAAAGAAGUUUAUCAACAAUUUCCUGAACCAAAUCUUAAUGAGAAAUCGAAACUUUCGACAAAGUUUGUGGUAUUAUGGUUACAAGGUCAACAAGAGAACAAGAAUUAUACGAAAAAAAUCAACAAACUUUUUGAAAAUAUUCUUUCGUUUACUUUCUACAAUAAUCCGGAAGAUUGUUGGGGGGAAAUACUCACAGUGGAACAGGACACACACCUAUUCAUCGUUAUUGACGAGAGUUAUUCUGACAACGAUAUAGUCGGAAUCAUAGCUGAUCAACACGAGAAGAAAAUCUACCGUUCAACUCCAAUUCAACCGGAUGCAAAAGGCAAAAUACAUGACAAAACUUCAUUUUUACUAAUAUAUGAUCUAAUUGAACGUUAUAGUGAACUCGGUAGUGAAUUUCAAUCGAGAAAGGAUCCUAGAAACGCGAAAGAUAUGUUUACUCGUGCGCAACAGUUGUGCAAAUGUCUUAUCGAACUUGAUAAAUAA